AUUUUAUUAUUUUCUAACUGAAAGAAGUACAAUACACAACUAAACAUUGUAUUUUUUGUUGAAAGAGCAUGCAGAUAAUUACGUCUGUAACUGUAGCUUGAAAUAGCGCAAGUGCCAAACUGUCGCAUAGCUGAUUGUAGUUACAGUAGUCCGAGGAGCGGCGUCGAGUAGCCGCGAAUCGUGAUAUCAUAUUCUUUUAUAUUCGAAUUUUUUACUUUUCUGUUCACCACUCCCUCCUACAUUAAUGUAUCAUCAUUGGUUUACUUAUUUCACUUACAAUAAAAUUUAUCUCAAGUAUUAUCAUUGCUUCCCAUUGACAAUUAGCCUUUGAGGAUGUGACUGUUUGAUUGAUGUUAGCUCGUGAUUGGUUUUCAGAAAGAUGGCCGCCAGUGAUUCUUCCACAAUUGUGUCGUUUCACAAGAUAAAGGAAGCAUUUUGUAAUAAAGAAAAAUAUUUAGCUACACGUCAAUUAUUCUUUUAUCUUUUAUGCUAAUAAAUGAAUUAUCAUAAUAAGUGAAAGAUCAUUAAAAGUAAAAAGUGACGUUUGUGAAAGUGGACCGAGAGGGCAAGUUAAAAACCUUUAUUGCUCUACUCACCUUUAAUAUUUAUUUCUCACUAAAUUUCAUCACGAAAUUAAAUCCAAAGGAUUAACAAAAAAAUAUUUAAUGGCCAUGGCAUCAGAAAGCAGAAUGGAGUGGGUAGAGAUAAUCGAGCCGCGAACCAAAGAGCACAUGUAUGCCAAUUUAACGACCGGUGAAUGUGUAUGGGAUCCACCGCCAGGAGUUCCUGUAAAGAAGACGGACAAUAAUCAAUGGUGGGAAUUAUUCGAUCAACAGACUUCGCGAUUUUAUUAUUAUAAUGCAACAUCUCAAAAAACUGUCUGGCAUCGACCUACAGACUGUGAUAUUAUACCAUUGGCUAAAUUACAGACGUUAAAGCAAAAUACAGAACCGGCAGUUAGUAGUAGCUCAGGUAAUGGUACUUCAGGAACAGAUGUUACAACGGUUGAACCGAGGAAGAAAGAAUUAGUAUCUACACAAACACAAACUACUCCAAUAGGACGGUCAUCUCGUUAUGAUCAUCAAGAAAGUUCAAGUUUAUCUGCAUCAAUGAAAUCUGGUGGUGGUGCAUGUAAGCCUCGUAGCUCAGGAAUCAGUACUGAUCCACAAUUAUCACCUCCAUCACCUUCUCCUUCUUCAAGGAGACAACAUCAUCACCAUCAUCACCAUCAUCAUCAUCAUCAGCACAAUAAUAGGCAUAAUCAUCGACAUCAUGAACAACCAUCAUCACGAAGGCAUCAUAAUCAUUCACAAGACUCAGGACGCUCGAGUGACAGUUCUGCAUCACAUAGUCGUACAUCUCUUGAAUCACCCGCUGCUGCAUAUAGGUUGCUAGAAUCCCCGCAUCGACAUCAUCAACGCUCUAACAUACUCCAGUUACCAACAAGCUCUUCUAAUCGUACUCAUAGCACUCCUACAGGCAGUGCACUAGAAUCGAGAUCACACAAGAGUGGAACUCUUGAAAAUGUGAAGAAUCAGAAAAGUACGCCAAUGCCAGGAGAACCUCCACCUCUUGGUCUUUCUCUUUCAACAAGUACGCCGCUGUUUAAAAAAAAAUCAUUUGUAGAGCAUCAAUCGUCAAAUCAGAGAGAGGGAAGAAGCGUGACAAGCACAGAGUCCGAUAAAAGUAGAAAUGGAGGUCGAGAGAGUAGUCGUGGAUCGUAUGGACCCGAGCCAAGUACUUCACCGUACCGAGAGUCUGCUAUUGACUCAAAAACUUUUCGUCAAGAGAUGCCUCCUUACCGCCCGCCCGAGAUUCCACCGUCACAUAGUUGUAAAGCUCAGAAUGACAAAUUUGGUUCACUCAUAGAGUCUGCUAAUCGUUAUCACAGAGAUCGAGAACGAGAAUCGUAUCAUAGAGAUAGAGUUAAUAGCCUUGAAAAGAGUAAUAUUCCUGGAGGUUUCUAUCCAGGUGCUCUUCACUCGCGAAAUCUCAAUAAAUCUGAUCUUACUGCUUCUAAUAUUUGCGGUAGUAAUGUAGGUAGUAUUGGAAGAAGACAUCAUGGUUGUGCUGCUUCGUUAUCAGAAGCAAAUGUUCGAGAUGUCUAUAGUGCUAUGCUAGCCGGUAGAAAUGAAUCUGGUAAAAAUUUAUCCAGAACUAAUAUACCUCAUGGUAAUAUGUCAAAACAAAGGAGCUUUGAAGUAUCUGAACGAAGUAAAGAUAAAGAUUGGGAACGAGAUAAAGAUAGAGAUGACUAUGGGAGAACAAAGUGCAAUAAUUUUAUGGAAAGUACGCAACAAGCCCUCGCCCGAAGCUAUAGUUUUGUACAACAACAAAAAUUACAACAACAAAUGAUGAGGAGACGUGAUAGAGAUGAUGAUUCGAUGCAUGAACGUUAUUUGGUGAGCCAAAGUCAUCAUGAUCAUUCAAGGCAUAGACUCGGCAGCAAUUCAAGCAGUAGUAAUAGUAGUAAUAGUAGUAGUAACAGUGCAAUCGGUGAUGAUCUUGGUGGGCAGGUUGAGGAAGAAGAUGAUUCAAGAAAAAAACGAAGCAAUGGUAAUCCUAGUCCACCAGCAUCGCCUUAUUAUGGAAAUUUACUAGUCGAUGCUGAUCAUUUAUUACCGCUUCAACAUUAUAUUCUUCAACAAGCUAAACUUUCUGGUUGUUAUAAAUUCGGAGAUCCUUUAUUAACAGAAGAAGGGGAUGAUUCUCUGGAUGAAGAUGGAGGACGAGAAAUUGACGAUGGAGGAGAUGGUGGAAUUGGAAGUAGAGGAGAUGAUGAUUCUGAUGAUCAAUUUGCUGAUGAUGAAGCUGCAAGUAAUCAAGGUGAUUCUUCCAGUCAAGAAUAUCUUGAAGAUCACUACGCAGAUCUUGGGAAUUAUGAUACAGCAGGCUUGGCAACGUACUAUAAUACAACAGAAACACUUACAAGAUCCCACGGGGCAAGUUCUACUCAAGCAACAUUACCAUCUACUGCACCUUUAGCACCAACAACUCCACAAACUGGAUCUACAAUCUCCUCACACACGGAAGUUAGAGAUAGUAGCACUGUCGGAGCCAGUCCAAGACCAACUUCUCUUCCUGCAUCUACAGCUUUUACGAGCCUAGUCAAGAGUUAUGAUAUAGCAGAUGGCGACGAUGGACGUCGUGAUGAUUCAACGGGCGGUGGUGAUAUUGAAAAAUACGCACAAGAUAAUCUUAAUUUAAAUUGUGGCAGGCCCAAAGGUUUAAGACUUUUAUUUCGAAAAAAAUUCAGUGUUCGCGAUAUUCUAAGUUGGUCGAAGGAUCCUAUUCCAAGACCAAUGCUUAAUGUUGUUGAAGGUGAAAAGUUAUUGAAGAGAGAGGCUUGCAAUUUAUUUCGACUUGUUCAAGUGUACAUGGGUGAUAGAAAAGCCAAUGUAGGAAUGACACUAGAUGGUGUAGCUACAGAAAUAAUUAAUACAGUCUUCUCAAAACCACCUCUUCGUGAUGAAUUAUAUGUACAAAUAUGUCGGCAAACAACUGAAAAUCCACGAAAAGAAAGUCUAAGAAGAGGAUGGGAAUUAAUGGCUGUAUGUUUAGCUUUUGUUCCUCCUAGUGCAACUUUUGAGCCUUAUCUUGAAGGAUAUAUGAAUAGACAUCGUGAUCCUAAUUUCCAAUUUCCUGAAGUAGCUAAAUGGCCGAUUCAUGUACAAGUUAGUCAUUAUGCAACCGUUGCUUGUCGACGAUUACAACGUAUUGGUGCGCAUGGUAAACGACAGCCACGUAAAGCCACUAUUGAAGACAUUGAUCAAGCUCGGAUUCAAAUAUUUCGAGCUUCAAUGUUUGGCGCAACUCUCUCUGAAGUAAUGGCACUUCAAAAAGAUCGUUUUCCGCAAAGAGAUUUGCCGUGGGUACAGACUACUUUGACUCGCCAGGUACUUAUGAGAGGAGGAACCAUGACAGAGGGAAUUUUCCGUGUAUCUGCAGAUGCUGAUGAGGUCAGCGCACUUAAAUCUUGUCUAGAUAGAUUUGAAGAUGGUACCAAUCUAGCGGCUUCUCAAGAUGCUCAUGCUCCUGCUUCACUUUUAAAAUUAUGGGUUCGAGAAUUAUAUGAACCUUUAAUACCCGAUAUUUUUUACAUUGAAUGUGUAUCAAUGCGUCAUGACGAGAGUGAAACUGCAUCUACUAAUGCUGCAGCAAUUAUUGAAAGACUUCCAGAUCUUAAUCGACGUGUACUUUGUCAUCUUAUUCGUUUCCUUCAGAUUUUUGCUAGAUCAGAUGUGGUUGCACGUACUAAAAUGGAUGCAAACAAUCUUGCUAUGGUAAUGGCACCAAAUAUAUUACGUUGUACCUCUCAGGAUCCGCGGGUGAUUUUGGAGAAUGCCCGCAAAGAAAUGGCUUUUGUACGCAUAUUAAUUGAAUCAUUGGAGACAGCUUGGGUUGAUGAUCUCCACUGACCAAGUCGUUGUCGUUAAACACUCUGCACCCUACAUUCUAUGCCAAAAAAUACAAAUCCACUGUAAAUUAAUGUUAAUUAAUUAGCGUAUAAUUCUUGUUUUUUUUAUAUAUAUAUUUUUUAUCGUUA